AUGAAGCUACCAUUUCUCAUCACUUUUGUCUUGUUCACUUGUUGCCAUUCCAUCAGCUUCCAUUUCUACUCCCUCAGAAAACAGUCCUCCAUUCUUGUUUCUUUGAAACAAUCUUUUGGAGUCUCUCGUCACCCUUCUUUAGAUGGCUGGAAUCACUUGUAUUACACUUCCUUAUGUUCCAAUUGGAGUGGAAUUACAUGCGAUAACACCACCUUCUCCGUAAUCUCUCUCGAUUUAUCGAAUUUAAACCUUUCCGGCACUCUCUCACCCGCCAUAACUCAACUUCGAUCCCUCGAAAACUUGUUGCUCGCCGGAAAUGGCUUCUCCGGUGCAUUCCCGACAAGGGUUCAUGAGUUGUCAAGGCUUCGGCUCCUUAACAUAUCCAACAACAUGUUUGAAGGAGGACUCGAGCUUGAUUUUGCAUUGCUAAAGAAACUUCAAGUUCUUGACGCUUACAACAACAAUUUUACAGGUUUGCUUCCUGUUGGUGUCUCUAAGUUAAGUAGUCUGAAUCACUUAAACCUUGGUGGGAACUACUUCUCCGGUGAAAUUCCGGCGGCUUACGGUGGUUUAUGGCAGCUGAGGUUUCUCCAUCUUGGUGGAAACGACUUGCGGGGUCUCAUACCCCGCGAGAUCGGAAACCUCACCAAUCUAACGCAGCUUCUUCUCGGCUAUUUCAAUCAAUUUGAUGGUGGAAUACCUGUUGAGUUUGGUAAAAUGGUGAAGUUGGUUCAUCUUGAUCUGUCGAAUUGUGGAUUAGAUGGUAAGAUUCCAACUGAAUUAGGGAACUUGACCAACUUAGACACCCUUUUCUUGCAGACGAAUAGGUUGGUGGGUUUGAUUCCUUCUGAACUCAGCAAUUUGGUUAACUUGAAAUAUCUUGAUCUUUCAAACAAUCAGAUCGUCGGCGAAGUUCCACCGGAGUUAUCCGCUUUGAAAGAACUGAAAAUCUUGAACCUUUUCAUCAACAGAUUGCAUGGAGACAUCUCCAUGUUCGUUGCAGAGCUUCCCAAGUUGGAAGUUCUUAAUCUUUGGGAUAAUAACUUCACCGGAACCAUUCCUCCGAUGUUGGGACAGAAUGGUAAACUAAAACAGCUCGAUCUUUCCACUAAUAAGCUCACCGGAAUGAUCCCAAAGUCUCUGUGCUUCGGUCAGAAGUUGGAAACUUUGAUUUUGUUCAACAAUUUUCUGUUCGGAAGUUUACCAGAUGAUCUUGGCAAAUGCAGGUCGUUGGGAAGAGUUAGAUUGGGACAGAACUAUCUGAGUGGAUCGCUGCCAAAUGGGUUUCUAUACUUGCCGGAGUUGUUGCUGGUUGAGUUACAGAAUAACUAUUUGGCCGGAUUGUUAGAAGGACCGAACUCAAAUGGCAUCAAUGGCCGAUUAGCUCAGUUGAAUCUUUCAAACAAUCGGUUAACGGGUGUUCUUCCUACUUCUAUUGGCAACUUCUCUGGGCUCAAGAUUCUUCUUUUGAAUGGUAACAAGCUUUCCGGUGAAGUUCCACCGGAAAUAGGAGGUUUGAAGAGUGUUUUAAAGCUGGAUUUGAGUAGAAACAGUUUUUCCGGUGGAAUCCCGCCGGAGAUUUCUCAUUGUUCGUCACUUACAUACUUGGAUCUCAGCAGAAACCAACUCACAGGUCCGAUGCCUCCUCAAAUCUCUCAGCUCCGUAUACUGAAUUACUUGAAUGUCUCAUGGAACCGCCUUAACCGAAGCCUACCCGAUGAAUUCGGUUCGAUGAAGAGCCUUACGUCUGCAGAUUUCUCGUACAACAACUUCUCGGGUUCGAUACCUGAAACCGGACAAUAUUCCGUGUUUAAAUCCGGCUCCUACGAAGGCAACCCGAACCUCUGUCGACCCUACUCGAACCACCCCUGCAACAACUCGUCUUCCGAAUUGCCUCUACAAACCAACGGUCGGCUUGAUAACAGAACUACAAAGGUUCCCGCAAGAUAUAAGCUCGUUUUCGCUUUGGGACUUUUAGUUUGUUCACUCGCAUUCGUUGUACUGGCAGUUAUCAAGACUCGAAAGAUGCGAACCCCUUCAAAAUCAACCUGGAAGCUCACAGCAUUUCAAAAGCUCGAGUUUGGUAGCGACGACAUUUUGGAAUGCUUGAAGGACAAUAACAUCAUCGGGCAAGGCGGCGGAGGUGUUGUUUACGGUGGAACGAUGCCUAACGGAGAGCAAGUGGCAAUCAAGAAGCUAGGAACAAGCAAAGGCAAUAAUAACGGUUGUUCACACGACAGUGGUCUAUCGGCGGAGAUCCAAACACUGGGAAGGAUCAGACAUCGGUAUAUAGUUCGGCUAAAGGCACUUUGUUCGAACAAGGAGACCAACCUGCUGGUUUACGAGUACAUGCCCAAUGGUAGCUUAGGUGAAGUCCUUCACGGAAAGAAAGGCGGGUGCGUACUUAAAUGGGACACGAGGCUUAAAAUCGCUAUCGAAGCUGCAACAGGUCUUUGUUACUUGCACCACGAUUGUUCACCUCUUAUCAUUCAUCGAGACGUUAAGUCGAACAACAUCUUACUUAGUUCCGAUUUCGAGGCACACGUAGCGGAUUUCGGUCUCGCAAAGUUCUUGCAAGAAGGCGGAACAUCAGAAUGUAUGUCUGCUAUUGCUGGCUCAUAUGGCUAUAUUGCUCCAGAAUAUGCGUACACGUUGAAGAUUGAUGAGAAGAGCGAUGUGUAUAGUUAUGGGGUGGUAUUGUUGGAACUGAUCACGGGGCGUAGGCCAGUUGGGGAUUUUGGGGAAGAUGGAUUGGAUAUUGUUCGAUGGUCGAAAACGCAAACCAAUGGGACAAAGGAGGGGGUGGGGAAGAUCUUGGAUGAGCGGCUUAAGAAGGUUCCGAUGGAUGAAGCAAAACAAGUGUUCUUUGUGGCGAUGUUGUGCGUGCAAGAGCACAACGUGGAGAGACCGACGAUGAGAGAGGUGGUGCAGAUGCUUGCACAAGCCAAGCACCCAAAUACAUUCCAAAUGCGUUAAUUUUUUGUAGCGAGAAAAACGAUAGGAUUUUAAAGAAAUUCUUCGAUUUCUUUCUCAUGCUUAAUCCUUUGGCUGUUGACAACUGAAAUAUGCCAUUAAAAUGUAGGAGUUAUUCGCAUGGCUGUCGGGAUGAAACCCAUUGCCACGAGGCCAUUG